AUGGCGUGGUCAAAGUCAACACGCAUUUCGGUCAUGCUAUUGAUCGAUGCCGUCUUUUUCAUCGUAGAAUUGGGCGUUGGUUUAUGGGUUGGAUCAUUGGCAUUAAUGGCAGAUGCCUUUCACAUGCUGAACGAUAUUAUCUCUCUCGCGGUUGGACUGUGGGCUGUUAAAGCUGCGCGAAGAAAUACCACGGAUAAAUAUUCUUUCGGAUUUUUAAGAGCAGAAAUCCUUGGCGCCUUUUUCAACGCCGUCUUCCUUAUUGCGCUUUGCGUAUCCAUUGUUCUCGAAGCCGUCGGACGUUUCUUCGACCCACCUGAGAUUAGUGAGCCAAAACUUAUACUUGUUGUUGGAUCGUUGGGAUUGGCAUCGAAUCUGGCUGGAUUCUUCGUAUUAGGUGGACAUGGUCAUUCUCAUGGCCCAGGGGAUGGACAUUCUCACGACGAAAUCGCCGAUGCGGAAGAAGGACAUGCGCAUGGUCAUAGUCAUGCCCACGAAAGCAACUACGAAACUUAUAGAGAUGAGGUUGACGAAGGAAGUGGAAAUGCGGGCGAAGUUUUUCCCGAAGCUGUUGUAGCAAAAGCUGCCGCCAAACGACAAGUACAAUUUACCAAACCCGAUGAAGAUGCUUCGACAGCUCGCGAUUGCAGCAGUAUCAUGACUAGAUCGCCAAGCAGAAGUUCCAAGCAAUACUCUCAUCGAAGACGAACGAGCAAGUCCCAAUUCUCUAGUUUGGAUAACCUAAGCAUUCACCCGGCAAGUUUCCGACAAGAUAUCAUCGCUGCAAGCAAAACACAAUUAGAUGGAAUUGAAAGCGAGGAUUCCAGUGAACCAGAUGACGACACCCAUGCCAGAUCUGGACCAGCACCGACUGAAAAUAGUCCUCUCCUUUCACACAAUCAUGACCACCACGCAGAUACUCAUGCUCAUAGCCAUGAUCACGACGACGCAGGCCAUCAUCACGAACAUCAUUCGAGCCGUCAAUCUAAGCAUGCGGCGCAUAAUCACAACAAUAAAUCCAAGAAGAAGUCUGGUGGUCAUGGCCACAAUCAUGAUGAUAUGGGAAUGAAUGCUAUGAUUCUUCACGUUAUUGGUGAUGCUCUUGGAAAUGUUGGAGUUAUUGUCACUGCUUUGAUUAUCUGGUUGACUAACUGGCCUGGUCGUUUAUAUGCUGAUCCUGCUGUAUCACUCUUCAUUACCAUUAUUAUUCUUCGAUCUUGCAUUCCAUUGACCAAGGCUACUGCUCAAAUUCUACUACAAGCUACACCAGAUUCGAUUGAUGUCGCACUUAUCAAAGAAGAUAUCGAAAACUUUGACGCUGUGAAGGGUUGUCAUCAUGUCCACAUUUGGCAACUUAGUGACUCCCAACUUGUUGCAUCCAUGCAUAUACAAGUUGCCUUCCCAAUAGGAGAAGAUGGCGGGGAAAAAUACAUGCAAUUGGCAAAGGAGAUUCGAGAAUGCUUACACGGCCACGGUAUCCACAGCGCAACUCUUCAACCCGAAUUUUGUCUUGACAAAGAUCAUGACCAUAUCUUUAAUGGUUCGGUCGGAUUAGAUGGUCAAGUUCAAACCAAAUGUGGGAUGGAGGAUGAUGAUUCAUGUUUACUCGAAUGUAUCGAUAAUUGCAAGGGAAAGGGAUGUUGUUCGACACAGGCAGUAGAGCCUCAACAUGACCAUUCAGACCAUGAUGGUCACUCUCAUUAG